AUGGCGAGAGGCGGCACAUCGAACAACGACCCACAACACCCUACCAUGGAGGAGAUGAUGGCAUUGAUCAAUGGCUUGAGAGAGGAGAAUGCACGAUCCAGAGAAAGGGAGGAGGCCAUCCAGCGAGAAAACGAGGAGAUCAGGAGGCGAGCAGAUGAGAUGCAGGCUAUGAUAACGGCCAAUACCCGAACGGCGGAGGAAGAUGUCAUGAUGGAAGUUCCUAGGGAUUUCCGACCUUUCUCGGAGGCUAUAGAGACCGAGAUCAUCCCGAGGGAUCAUCGGGUCCCCCAGGUGGAACCUUUUGACGGAACCCAGGAUCCUAGUCAACACUUGACGGAUUUCCGAGCACAAAUGCUGAUUUGUGGUGGGAGCAUGGAAAUUCGCUGCAAGCUGUUCAUGGGCACGCUCAAAAAAGUAGCCCUUGAUUGGUUUAGUGGUCUUCCUGACCGAUCAAUCACCGACUUCGACGUCUUUAGUCGGCUUUUCAUGGCGCAGUUCGCAGCCAACAAAAAGAAAUCGCCGAUCACGUCAGACUUGUUUGAUCUCAAACAACAACGCGAGGAGUUGUUGAAAGAUUUUUUGCAAAGGUUCAACGAGGUUGCUUUAAGGAUAGCGUCUUUGGAUAAAAGGAUGGCGGUCAUUGCGUUUCAAAAGGGGUUAAGGUCUGGUGCUUUCGACAUCGCGCUAGAGAGAGCAAAUUACCAAACGAUGUCAGAGGUGAGAGCUUUCGCCCUAAGUCACAUCAAGACGGAGGAAGGACAAAUCAACAAAAGGGCAGCUGAAAGCCAAGAAGCUGGGGUCAUCCCAAGAGAUUUUUAUUCCUUAUAA